GAGGGGGAGAGUAUCGCGGAACACGGCGGAGCGAGCGAGAGACGGCGGGCGAGGGAGAGAGACGGAGAGCAGGUGCAAAACUUACAUCGCCGUGUAGAGGUCCCCGCGUAAGGGAAGAGCCAGACGGAGUGGAGGUGAGAGAGAAGGCAUACGGAGGAGAGCAGUGACAUGGCGUCGUUGGCGAUCUCGAUCGCGAAGAGCGAGUUCAUCGUGGGUGGCAAGUACAGGUUGAUGAGGAAGAUCGGCUCGGGCUCCUUCGGCGACAUUUACCUCGGCAUCAACAUCUCCAAUGGCGAGGAAGUUGCAGUCAAGCUGGAGAACAUGCGAGCCCGGCAUCCUCAGCUUUUGUACGAAUCGAAGCUCUACAAAAUAUUACACGGUGGUAUAGGGAUACCACACAUACGCUGGUACGGCCAAGAACGCGAGUACAAUGUCCUCGUGAUGGAUCUUCUCGGGCCAUCUUUGGAAGACCUUUUCACCUUCUGCUCAAGAAGGUUUACAAUCAAGACGGUCUUGAUGCUGGCAGACCAGAUGAUUGGUAGGAUUGAGUACGUUCACUGCAAACACUUCAUCCACAGAGAUAUAAAGCCAGAUAAUUUUUUAAUGGGGAUUGGGCGACACUGUAAUAAGCUAUUCCUCAUCGAUUUUGGAUUGGCUAAAAAGUAUAGAGAUAGUCGCACAAGACUGCACAUAAUAUACCGCGAGGAUAAAAAUUUAACGGGCACUGCGAGGUAUGCUUCUAUCAAUGCGCAUCUCGGAAUUGAGCAGAGUCGUCGCGACGACAUGGAAUCACUCGGCUAUGUUCUUAUGUACUUUAAUCGGGGAUCGUUACCUUGGCAAGGUCUCAAAGCCGCGACGAAGAAGCAGAAGUACGAGAAAAUUAGUGAGAAAAAAAUGUCCACGCCAGUAGAAGUCUUAUGCAAGGGAUUUCCUGCCGAAUUUGCAAUGUAUUUAAAUUACACGCGAGGUCUACGCUUUGAAGAAAGCCCGGACUACAUGUAUUUACGCCAGCUUUUCCGCAUACUUUUCCGUACAUUGAACCACCAGUACGAUUAUACAUUUGAUUGGACGAUGUUGAAGCAAAAGGCAGCGAGUGGUAAUAUUAGCGGUGGAGUGUCAGCAGCUGGACCAGGUCUCUCUCAAGGUGCUCAAGGUGCUCAGGGGCAAGGGCAGGGACAAGGACAGGCAUCUACUCAGGCCAACACUCAAUCAGGAGCGCGCUAAGACUAUAACUCCUCAUUGUAGCAACAAUCUUGAUCGCGAUCACUAAAGUAUUUCAAACGAGGUACCGAAUUUCUUACAGAAGUUAUCAUUCAAAGAGUCAUAUCAGUCAACACUCUAAUUUCGCGCAAAGAGAGAAGAGUGAAGUGAUGUAAUUACAUAUGCGGCAUAUACGCGUAUGCGACAAGGGGAACAUGAUUGUAUUCACAUAUUUACUGAACCACACGUGGAUGAUUGUAACACCAGGCAACUUAGAGUUUCGGCUGAUUGAACUUUUUGGAUUUCGAAAUCCGAGUGAGAGACCAGCCAGCCAGAAAGUGGCUUGUUCUUAUUUUGUUGUUACGUAUAUAACUUACCGUUGGUAAUCAUUAAAAAAAAAUAAAGGUUUUGUUGCCCCCCCGAAGAAGAUUGCAAGGACGUACAGAUUAUAUAUUGUCGGGCUUGUGAAUACAGUGGGUGAUUUAAAUUCGCGAAAUUUGUGUAACUUUCAUGGAGAGAAAGAGAGGACGUUGUGACCAUUCUUGGAUGCUCGCAUUGAUCUGCGGAGCGUGUGGUGUAAAAUUUUAUAUCUAUUCUAUAAAUAGAGAGAAGAGAGAUAUGCAAAAUAUGCGAGUGUUUUGUGAGAAUAUGAGUACUACCGUGGCAAACACUGACAUUCUGCUUCCUAAAUUUGGUUUUGUCUUCAAUAUAGCGCGAUCGGCGUUCCGCCAGCGUACGCGGAAUGUUGAGAAAGUGUUAAUAUUUUUCUUAUCGGGGAUAGUAUCGAUCAGUCAAGAGUAUCAAAGGUACUACCAUUGCACACACUUACUUUUGGUACGAUUGACUGCAAUAAUUUUGUGUUUUUUUUUCCUUUUUUAUAUGAACGAACGAUUACGUCUCACUCUCUGAUAUAAUAUUGACAAGUUAAAGUAAUAUUAAAGAUACCUUAAUGUUAAGGCAACAAUCUAACUUUUAAGUAUGUACCGUACUGUAUUGAGUAACGUGUACUCCAUCGAGAAAGGAACAAACGACUAACGACUAUUGUAGAAAUAUCCCUCGAUUUACUCUCUUUCUGUCUGUGAAUAUGUUUAUCAUGAAUCGAAGAGGUCGAAGAAGAAAUUUUGAAUAGUUGGAAGUAGUUACAAGCUUACUUUCAUCUAGAUAAUAUGAAAAGCAAAUUAUCUCGUUCGGAAAGUAUUCCUGUAACUGAGGCUCUAGCUGGAUAAUUCUUCCGUAUAUAGUUUUUACUAGCUGAGACUGUGCAGUAGAGAGCUAUUUCACGUGCUGUUGCUUCAAGAUUAAGUUUGAUAUUUUGUAUACACGUUAAGGGACUUCAUACUUCAUCGUGACCAACGUUCUUCGUACACGUUCUUCGCAUACACAUACACACCGAGAGAAGUCGCCUCGAACAGUCGGAAUACUUGUUUGAUAUCGGCAAUCGCUAAAGAACUAUACGUUUCUAUUCAUUUUGUUUAAGAUUUUAGUUGUAUUGUUCAUUCUAGAUGCUAAACUCUCUCUUCAUGUCCAUAUUCUACGAGCAUUAGUUUCCAAAAGGAUGUUACGAUUGUACACCCUUAACGAAUAAUGUUAGCGUGCGUCCUCGUCGUGGAAGGUACUACCAGUCGUCCGGUCAGCUUUAAGUACAGAUUGCAAUGAUGAAUUCAACUGAAAUCUUAAAGCUUCUAUUGUAUCCGAAGAAGCGGAUCACGCUGCCUGACGGACACUCGAGAAUAUGAAAAGGAAUAAAUACCCAAUAACCAUCCUCGAUUGAAUGUGUGGUUAAUUAUUAUUAUUAUGAAGGGGAUAAAUGAAAGUGUAAAAGUGCGCAUCAACAUGUGAGAAUGAAUGAGCGAGUAAGUUAAUAAAAUAACUAACGAUAUAUGCACUUAAGUACUAUCUGCUGUGUGUAUGUGUGUGUAUAUAUAUACCUAUGUACGUGCUUAAGAUAUAUCGCAAACCUAUGUAUAUACAUACGCACAUAUGCAUGCCUGUAUGUAUAAUAAAAUUGUGACAGUAA